AUGGGCUCGAACUACAUUGGUAAGGAUUUUCUUAAACUACCUACACCCUGCUUCGUCAUAGACGAAGCAAAAUUUGAUGCAAAUUGCCUCAACAUGAUAAGAAACGUUAGAGAACUUGAAACAGCUAGUGGAAAAGACAUCAAAUUUCGCCCCCAUGUAAAAACUCACAAGACCAUUGAAGGGUUGGCGAAACAAUUAGGUCAUGGGCUGGUGGCAGUCAAUGAAACUGAAGAUGCUAUUGUGUUUUCGACAAUCAAGGAAGCCGAAGGUAUUUUAGAUUAUCAAGAGGAGAGUGGUAAUGUACUUGUCCGCGAUAUCUGCUACAGUUUACCUGCAUGCAUCCCCGAAAUUCUUGAAAGAUUAGAUAGGUUGUCAACUAGGGCUUCAAAUCUAAGGGUCUUCGUGGAUAAUAUCGAGCAUUUGAAUAGCCUCCUAAAAUUCGGUCCAACUUCAUCUGGCAAAAAAUGGUCAUAUUUUAUCAAGAUUGAUAUGGGAACUCAUAGAGCAGGUCUUAUGAAUGGUACUAAAGAGUUAGAAGAACUUCUCUCAAGAGCAUCCGCUCCAGAAAUCUCGGAAGUUGCUGAAUUAUAUGGUUUUUAUGCACACGCAGGCCAUAGUUAUUCCGUUACCAACAUUUCCGAAGCCCAUGAUCUCUUAGUAGAAGAGAUUCUUGCAGUAAACGAGGCUGCCAAGCAUUAUUCUAGUAUAAAUCCUCAAGCCGAUGUUAGUUCAUUUGUUCUCUCAGUUGGGGCAACUCCAACUUCUGGCUCUUUAAAACUAGCUGAUCAAGCAUCCCUCAUCGAAAUCAUCAAAAAUAGUUUGGUUGGGAGGCUUGAGAUUCACUGCGGAAACUGCUGCAUGUACGAUUUACAACAAUUAUCGACUGGUUGUGUCCAGGAUUAUGAAAUUGCAGGCUUUGUCCUGGGUAGUAUUGUCUCUGUUUAUCGUUCUCGUGGCGAAGUUUUGACAAACACCGGUGUCUUGUCUUUAACAAGAGAGACGUCAAGAUUUCCAGGGCACGGAAUUGUUGUCGACCCUGGGGAAAUCUUGAAUAAUGAACACUAUGAAAAGAAAUGGUUUGUAGAAAAGGUAAGUCAGGAGCAUGGUAAGUUAAAAAGACUGGAUGAAAAUUCCAAAUUCAGUGCUCCAGAAUUGGGAUCCAAAAUUGCCAUUUUACCACAGCAUGCUUGUAUAGUUGCUGGUUGCUUCAACUACUAUUUUGUUAUUGAUAGUAAGGGAAUUGUCACGGAUGUGUGGAGACCUAUUAGAGGAUGGUAA